AUGAAGGAUUUUAUGAACAAUAAUGAUCUACAUGAUGUGGAUACUAUUAGUGCUAAAUUUACUUGGUGUAAUAACAAGAGGGGUAGUGCACGAAUUCUAGAAAGAUUGGACAGAUGUUUACUAAAUUCUAAAGCUUUGGAGUUGAUUAAUAUACCAUCUGUAAGGCAUCUGGAAAUAAUUGCUUCCGACCAUAGUCCCAUUGUGUUGAAAUUGUUUCAUCAACAAUUUCAAAAUUCCAGAAUUCGGAAGUUUGAGGAUGUUUGGCUAUCUUAUCCAGCGGCUACUUCAGUGGUUAGGAAGUCAUGGGCUAAACCAGUAAAAGGAGAUCAUAUGGAAGUUGUUAAUAGAAAGAUGUCUAGAGUUCUUAAAGCCUUAUAUUUCUGGAGUAAGGCAAAACAUCAAAAAUUGGAGGAACUAAAAGAGACUUUGAUAAAGGAGAUUAAAGAAUUGCAACAGGAGGAAGCUUUUGAAUUGCUGUUUUUGGACAGCAAAUCUUUACUUUUUAAAUACAAAGUCAAGGAAUUUGAUUUCACUCUUUCUAGAUUGAAUACAUGGUGGAAGCAAAGAGCUAAAGCUAAGUGGAUGAAGGAAGGUGAUGUAAGUUCUUCUUUCUUUCGUGCAUUUGCUAAUGGCAGAAGGAAUGGCGACUCUAUAAAGCAAUUGAUGAAUGAGGAGGGGGAGUUAACUGAAGAUCCAGCGUGCAUGAGGAUUUUCUAUCAAUUUUUCUGUAAAAAAUGGGAGUACAGAGAUUCUGAUUUGAGCAAUUGGCCUUUUAACGGGAAAGUCCUGAAAAAUGAAGAUUGUAAAAUGCUGGAAGCUGAUUUUACUAUAGAAGAAGUGGAAAAAGUUAUUGAAGAACUUGGAAAUAACUUUUCUCCAGGUUUGGUUUGA